UCUUGAAGGGAAGAAGGUAAUGAAUCCUUAUCUAUUUGGAUUAUAUGUAUGGAGGGAGACCACAACGAUGCAUGUGACAUUCAAAAAAAUCACCAAGGAGAAUUCAGUGGAAGAAAUGGUGAACCUAAAAGGGGAGCUAAGCAUCUCCAUGACGGAGUUGCUAAAGACUUUGAUUAGCAUGGAAGGAAAACUGAGAGGAAUGUUUAUACGCCUACUGUUACGGACUUUCCUCAGAACCUACAUCUUACAAGUACCGCGAGGUACUCACAAGGAUUUCAACCCAUCAGAACUCCCGCAAAUAUCUUAUCCAACCUGUACUCAUCAUGAGAUAGAAACAGAAGAUCGGUUUACCAUCAGUUGCAGACAAUGGAAAUGCAAUCAGAAUCGAUGCGGACUUGAAGGAGAGAAGAAACUAAGUCCGGUUCUACUUAUUAAUGGGCAUUCCACUGAGAGUUACUGUCUACCAACUGAACCAAAUGAUUUGGUUAGAACUCUACUGGAAGAAGGGCAUGAAGUGUGGCUUCUACAACCAAGAUUACACCCUUCGAAUUCUUCAAAUAAUUUCACAAUUGAAGAUAUUGGCAGAUUUGACAUACCUGCUGUGAUUGGUAAGAUUCAUGAGUUGCAUGGACCAUUGGUAAUGGUACAUGUGGUUGCGCAUUGUGUUGGAGGCUUAUCAAUGCACAUAGCUCUAAUGGGAGGCCAUGUCUCUGCUACCCAUAUAGCUUCUCUUUCUUGCACCAAUUCUUCAAUGUUCUUCAAGCUGACUGCCUCAUCCAGAGUCAAAAUGUGGCUUCCCCUCAUUCCAAUGUCAAUGGUGAUACUAGGCAAGAACACGAUCCUACCAUUGUUUGAAACAUCAAAGGCCAGUUCAAGACACCGGUUCCUCAAAUCCAUUGCCCGUCUGGUGCCACGUCACGAGAGAUGCACCUGUGAUGAAUGUGAAGUCUUUUCAGGCAUAUUUGGUAACACAUUCUGGCAUGACAAUUUAAGUCCCACAAUGCACUUUUGGUUAAACAAACAAAGCUUACCGAGGCUCCCCAUGGCUGCGUUUCCUUACCUCAGAAAGAUUUGUAAUGCUGGUUUUAUUGUGGACAGCAAUGGAAGAAACUCAUACUUGAUUCAUCCCGAGAGAAUGGCACUCCCAACACUCUAUAUAUCCGGUGGACGGACUCUACUUGUGACACCUGAGACUUCUUUUCUUGCUAACAAGUACAUGAAGUUGCACCAGCCUGGUUUCAGACAUGGAAGGGUGGUUGUGGAGGGUUUCGGACACUCGGAUUUAUUGAUUGGAGAAGAGUCCUAUAAGAAGGUUUUCCCUCACAUUUUAUCCCAUAUUAGAUUGAACGAACAAGGAAGACACAAUGCAAUGGGUGCUGAGAGGAGGAGGUACAGUAAAGAGUCCUUGGCGUGGGGUGAUGAUCCAUAUGAGGGAAGCAAAGUUUCUGGAAGUUGGAUUUCUCAUUUAGUUACCAUCAUCUGUUUUCUCUUGUUGUUAGUCAUGUUGUCUUGUAUUUUUUGUUAAAAAUUUCUGUUUGGUUGCAGAGAAAAGAUUGGAAAUAAAGCAUAUCAAUCUUUGUUCUCUAUUUUCAUGCAACAUGUAUUAGCCCAAUGUUAUACCCUCUCGUCCCUCAAAAGGGGAAGGGAGGGGUUCGGUAAU